AUGUCAGAGACCAACAUCAAGGUUUUUGACGAGGUCAACAAAGAAUAUAAUGACAAAAACAAACCUCCACCAGAGCUUGCAAAUAAAACAUCCCAGUUCUCUUGUUUGAAAUCACAAUUUCAAUUUGUCCCCAGCUCUUCUCCGUCAUCUAUUGCCCUACAAGGCCCAAGUACCAGCCAUAACAGCACUACAGAGCCACUCUCAGGGCCUGCUGUGCCUCCAGUUCAGAAGACAUUGUCCAGCAUUGAUAAUGAUCCUUCUGUGUCUGGGCGCAUGGCAAAUGCUGUCUGGGAGAAGAUUACCAAGGACCUGCAGCAAGUAGACAAGUUAAUCUGA